AUGGCCACUUCAGACGUCGAUGUCGAGUAUCUGCCUCCAGAUGCCUCGUACGCGUACGAGAAGAAGCAUCCGGAUGCCGAGUACCAGGAUGCAGACGCUCGUGAUACUGCCGUCGCGCAGAUGGGCGAGGUCAACGAGGUCCGCCAGGGCUUGCACCAGCGCCACAUUCAGAUGAUCUCGCUGGCUGGCACCAUCGGAACCGGUCUGUUCUUGGGCUCUGGCAGCGCCCUCACCAACGGUGGCCCUCUCGGUGUCCUGCUGGGCUACUCGUUCACCGGCUUGUUGGUGGCCAGCGUCGUCUUCGCCGUCGGUGAGAUGGGCGCCUUGGUGCCGCUGAACGGCGGUGUUGUUCGCUACUCCGAGAUCUUCUUUGACCCGGCCAUGGCCUUUGCCAACGGCUGGAACCAGACCUACUCCAUGGCCGUCUCCAUCCCCGCCGAGAUUGUCGCUGCCGCCGUGCUCAUUGAGUUCUGGGCCACGUACAACAAUGCCAUUUGGAUUAGUGUGUUUGGCGUGCUCAUCGUCAUCAGCGCUUGCUCCUUUAUCCGCGUCUACGGCGAAAUGGAGUUCUUCUUCUCCAUCUUGAAGAUCAUGCUCAUCAUCGGCAUCAACAUCAUGGCCCUGGUGAUCACCUGCGGCGGUGGACCCGAUCAUACCUCGAUCGGAUUCCAGUACUGGCGAAACCCAGGUCCGUUUGUGCAGUAUCUAGGCAUCGGCGGCUCCUUGGGCCAGUUCCUCGGUUUCUGGACCACCUUCAACAACGCUCUGUACGCAUACUCCAACAUCGAGAGUAUCACCGUCGCCGCCGCCGAGACGAAAAACCCUCGCGUAGCCAUCCCCAUGGCUGCGAAGCGCAUCUUCAUUCGUAUCUUGCUCUUCUACGUCUUGACCAUCUUCAUGAUCGGCCUCGUCGUCCCAUCCAAUGACCCGCAGCUGCUCAGUGGCAGCGGCACCGCCUCGGAAUCGCCCUUUGUCAUCGCCGCCCGCCGCGCCGGCAUCAAGGUUGUGCCCUCCAUCAUCAACGCCGUCGUCCUGACCUCUGCCUGGUCAGCCGGUAACUCCUUCAUGCUCACUGGCUCGCGUAUGAUCUAUGGUAUGGCUGUCUUUGGACACGCCCCCGCUGCCUUCAAGCGAAUCAACCGCUUCGGUGUCCCCUACGUUGGUGUCUGCUUCCUCGGCGUCUUUAUCUGCCUCGGCUACAUGACCCUGUCCAGCUCCGCCUCCACCGUCUUCACCUGGCUGCAGAACAUCGUCUCCGUCGCCACCCUCGUCAACUGGAUGACCAUCCUCACCGUCUACCUCCGCUUCUUCUACGGCUGCCGCAAGCAAGGCAUCGACCGACACGCCGAGCUCCCCUGGGCUGCCCCCUUUCAGCCCUACGCUGCAUGGAUCUCCAUGUUCAUCUUUGGCCUGCUCUUCUUGACCGGUGGUUACAGCACUUUUAUCCAUGGUGACUGGAGCACAUCCGUCUUCGUCUCCUCUUAUCUUAACCUGCCGCUUAUCUUCAUAUUGUACUUUGGCUACAAGUUUAUCAAGAAGACCAAGAUCAUCCCCUUGGAUGAAAUUCCUAUUCGUCCGUUUAUUGAGGAGAUGAACCGGAAUCCUCCGCCCAUCACACCGCCGAAGACGGGAUGGCGCAGAUUUAAUAUUUUGUGGUCUUAG